UUACAGUCUUGCCAUAAUUAGUUUGAUUUGAUUUUGUGAUUAUUUUGGUUAAAAUAUAAUGCAUAAAAAUCGUCUGUUACUGCCCACUAAAAAGCCAGAACAACAGCAAACAGAAAACGACCAUGAAAAUGUUACAAAAAUCCGAGCCUCACGUUAUGGACGCUUUGCUAAACCCUCCAGAUUUCUGCCCAAAACCGAAAUUGAAACCUUUCAAAUACGCAAAGCUCUUAAUGUUUAUAUGCGUGAGGAAUUGGAGCAAUUGGGUCGUAAGACAUAUUUUCAAAGGGUCUUCAUACUGGCCCUAAACAUUGAGCAGGAAAAGCUUGAGGAGUAUUGCCGCAAUAUGUAUUUUACAGUUUCCGAUUUGCAGCAAUCGGAUUUUCGUGAAUAUUUUCAACAUUAUUUCGAUGAAAUAUUUGCUGUAUGUGAGAGAAAGAAAAGUACAGCAGAUCAUUUGUCUGGAUUGUUUAUUGUCAUGGGCUGUAGUCAUACGUAUCUGAUGAUUGAGGGAGCUGAGGAUAUGCUAGCGAUAUUUUUCGAAGAAUUGGCCGGAGUUCAUGAUAGAAUUUGGGCCAGCUCGAGAGUGUUUUUGGUGGAGGAUAAAAUUGGUGAGACCUACUUCAAUUGCUUCUAUAGCCGUCGUUCAGCUGCCAUUAAUAUUAAUGAGAAAUUUCCUCCCUCAACUACCAACGAUCACAAGCUAAUGGCGGUUCAGCAUUUGAAAAUAAAGGAAAAAGUUAAGGCUAUAGUUGAAACUUUAUCAAAUCAAUUAAGAAAAGCCGCGCAAGAUUCAAUUGAAACCCCUAAGGAAACCCCAGCUGAUCUAUUUUUAUUACCUCCUGAUCCUUAUAACAAACUAUUGCCUGAAUUGCAGCGCAUUGAUUUGGUGUUGAGUGCAAAUAAAUUCUAUCACACAGUUAAAGAUUUUGCUCUAACCUACCGGGUUAUACCAACUCAUCAAGAUGAAGAGGCACUUUUUUGGCCCAUACAAAACAACUACACUCCACUGGAGAUAUUUGAGCGUUCAGCAUUUGAUGUCAAUCUAACAUUUGGCCAUUAUGGCAAAGACGAGCAAAAGAAGCAGGAAAAUAAUGGUUCUCAUGACAUGGAGGAAGAAUUACAAAAUAUUUAAUUAGUGUCGAUCGGAGG